CUCCGCCAGAAGUUGAACGAACGCGUCGUCCAGGGCUUGUUCGUGCAUCAGCGACCGCUACUACCACAACACCCGGCUCCCCUCCUGCAUACGCCUCUCGCUACUUUCCAACCAUAUAUAGGCUUGAUACGUACUCUGUCAAGAUGACUUCUAACGAUCCGGGCCAUAUAGAUAACCUGUCACCAGAACAGGAGGAGACCCUCCGCACCUUCUGGAUCGACCUCGCAACCUCCCUCUCCAGCCAACCCGACCCAACCACCCUCACAGAAGAGCUCUACCUCGCCUGCGCAGAACACAGGCCAGACACGUUUGUUCUUCGCUACCUCAGAGCGCGAAAAUGGGAUGUCACAAAGGCGGUGGCAAUGACCGUGGCGACAUUAAAAUGGCGCCUCGAAUUUGGGGUUAAUGAGGUGUUGAAGGAGGGUGAACGCGCUUGUGAUGUGGCCGAUUUGGAGAGUGGGAAGAGUUAUUAUGGGAAUGGGUCGGAUAGAGAUGGACGGCCUGUUGCCUACAUCCACGUAGCCCUGCACGACAAAAACACCGUGAACCACGACCUCGGCAAGAACCAAAUAGUCCUCACCCUCGAAACCGGCCGCCUACUCCUGCAGCCCCCACAAGAAAUGGCCACAAUCGUCUUCGACCUAACCAAUUUCGGAAUGAAGAACAUGGACUACGAGUUCCUCAAAUUCCUUCUUCAAUGCAUGCAAGAUUUCUACCCGGAAUCGCUCGGCAAAGCGCUCGUCGUCAACGCACCGUGGGUGUUCAACGGCUGCUGGGUGGUCAUCAAACCGUGGAUCGACCCGGUGGUCGUGUCAAAGAUCCAGUUUGUAAAGAUGGACGAGUUGCCGGAUUUCAUUGAUUCUGCCAAGUUGCCGCAGGCGUUGGGAGGGGAUGCGGUGGAUUAUGAAUAUAUUCCGGCGAGCGAGGAGGAUGAGAAGGAGUUUAAGAGGUUGAGGGCGGAUACGGAGGGGCAGGAGAAGGCGUGGAAGGGGUUUAGGGGUGCGUAUGCGGCGUUUGAGGACGCGACGCGGCUUUGGGCGGGUGGGGACACGGCGAAAGUGGGGGAGAGGAAGAAGGCGGAGAAGGAGUUGAGGGCGGCGUAUGAUACGUUGUCGCCAUAUAUCAGAACAAGGACAGAAGCGCAUCGUCGAGGCCUGCUAAAAGACCCAGCCUUCCCACCACAUGCCUGAUUGACAGAGACCUUCCCACCUCCUGAACCCUCAUCCCAUCCCAUUCCCUACCAUGAUAAACAUCUGUCGAACAAACGCCCGCUGCAACCCUGCGAUAUCAGACACGUUCCAGCCCUUUCGUGUACACUGCCUUCCUUUGAAGAUCUUUUUCCGGGACUUGCAACAUGUAGAUGGCUUUUUUUUGGACUCACUAUCUGACUGUGCGAGGGUGACAACACUAUUGGAUGUGCAUGAGCUACAAAUUGUGUGCUGUUGAGGUUUAGAUCGGCCUUUGAGACUCGGGAGAGAUGGUCAAAAUAUGGCGUUCUAUCCAGC